AUUGUUUAUUAUUUUUUCCAUAAAAGGAAAAUUUCCUUUUUUUCCCCUUUAAAGUUGUAUUAAAAACAUUUUAUAACGCUGUCCUUAUUGAAUUGUAUGAGUAUUUCAGCAUAAAAAUCUUUUACUAAAGACUUAUAAACUGUUAUUUUUUCUUGUUUCAAUUUACGCUCUGACAAACCAAAUAAUAAAAAAAAACAUUUUUUUUCUUAAAAACAUUUUUUAAUUUAGAAUUGUAAACUAAUGCAUCAUUUUGCUCAGUUAAUACGUUGGGUUCGUAACCUUUGGGAAAAUUUCCGUAUCGUGAUCUAUGUCAGAAUUCAGGCAGUGGCCUUUGUGAAACUAUAAUAACAUCACAGAAGGGGAGCAACCAACUCAAAGGGAAGUACCUUUGUCUUCUGAAUCAAACUUGUUAUCCUGCGUCAUGAAAUUCUGGAGAAAAAUUACUCUUUUUUUGUAUUAGAAUGCUUACUCUCAGAGACAAUGCAACAUUUCUCUAAAUUUCUUAAUUUUCUGAAAACUCCUAAAAUGUGCUUUAUUUUAGGCUUGAGGUACUCAAAUUCUGCAAAAGAUGAAAUAAAGCAGAUAAAUAUGAAAAAAAUCCCAAUGAAGAAUAUCCGUAAUUUUGGAAUCAUAGCUCAUGUGGAUCACGGAAAAAGUACUUUAUCUGACCGUUUCAUGGAGUAUGCUGGUAACCUAUCUAAAGCUAGCAAAAAUGAACAAGUAUUGGAUAAAUUACAAGUGGAAAGGGAAAGAGGUAUUACUGUUAAAGCACAAACAGUAUCACUUUUUUAUGAGUUUAAUGAUGAGGUCUACUUAUUAAAUCUUAUCGACACUCCAGGUCAUGUUGAUUUUAGUUAUGAAGUCAAUCGUUCUCUUUGUGCUUGCCAAGGGGUGAUUCUUCUAGUCGAUGCAAAUCAAGGUGUUCAAGCUCAGACUGUUGCUAAUUUUAAUUUGGCAUUUACUCAAGAUAUGACAAUUAUUCCAGUUAUUAACAAGAUUGAUUUAAAAAAUGCUAAUCCUGAUAUAGUUAGUAAUCAGAUGACAAAAUUAUUUGGAUUUGAUGAAGCUGAUAUUCAUAAGAUAUCUGCUAAACUGGGUCAAGGUGUUGAAGAUGUAAUAAAAUCUGUUAUUGAGAAAAUUCCUCCACCAAACGGAGAUAGAAAUAAACCAUUUAGAGGGUUGCUGUAUGAUUCUUGGUAUUCUCGAUAUCAUGGCGUUAUUUGUCUCCUCCUAAUUGUUGAUGGCUCUCUAAGUGUUGGCAAUGAAAUAAAAUGCUUUUCUUGUGAGUCUAGUUUUCAAGUAAAAGAAAUUGGUAUAUUAUAUCCUAAUGAAGUUCCAGUAUCUGAUUUGUUUGCAGGACAAGCUGGCUACUUUAGGGCUAAUAUAAAAAAUCCUAAUGAUGCCAAAGUCGGAGACACUUGGUUUAAAUCUGAUACUAAUGUUGAAAAACUUCCUGUUAUUGCUGAUUCUAAGCCUAUGGUUUUCGCUGGAAUAUUUCCAUCUGAUCAAUCUGAAUUGCAGGAUUUAGGAAAAUCUAUUCAAAAAUUGACUUUAAAUGAUUCAAGUGUUACAGUUUCUUUAGAUAGCAGUGCUGCUUUAGGUAAAGGUUGGAGAUUAGGCUUUCUUGGCCUUUUACAUAUGGAAGUAUUUUGUCAGAGGCUGCAACAAGAAUUCAAUACUGAAGUCAUUGUUACUGCGCCUGGAAUUCCCUAUAAACUCAAAAUAAAGGGACAAAAUAAUAUUAAAACCUAUUGUGGGGAAGAAAUUAUUGUAUCAAAUCCAAAUGAGUUUCCACCUCCUGAAAUAAUUGAAGAAUAUUUUGAGCCAAUGGUACUGGGAACAAUAAUUACUCCUUCAGACUAUUAUAGUGCUGUUUUAAAAAUGUGCUUGAAUAGAAGAGGAGAGCAAAAAAGUGCACAAAAUAUUGAUGAUCAUACCAUAUUACUUACCUACAAAUUUCCCAUGAAUGAAAUCAUUGUAGACUUUUUUGAUGAGUUAAAACAGAUUUCAUCAGGUUUUGCAAGUUUUGAUUAUGAAGAAAUAGGUUAUGAAUCAAGUGUUCUAAAAAAGAUAGAUAUAUAUUUAAAUGGUAAAAUUGUUGAUGAGCUUUCCCAUAUUAUUCAUGCAUCUAAAGUUGAACAAGUUGGAAGAUCAUUGUGUAUGCGCUUAAAAGAAUGCAUUGAACCUCAGUUGUAUGUAAUAGCUAUUCAAGCUUGUAUUGGUGCAAAAGUUAUUGCCCGAGAAAAUAUCAAAGCUUUGAAAAAGAAUGUAACAGCAAAGCUAUAUGGUGGUGAUGUUACUCGUAGAAUGAAACUUUUGCAGCGUCAAAAAGAAGGAAAGAAAGGACUCAGAAUGGUUGGAAAUGUUCCAAUUCCUAGAAAUGUUUUUAUUAAUAUAUUAAAAAAGUGAAGUUUUUAUUAGACAAUAAAUUAUUUUUCCUUUA